AUGACUGGCACGACCGUCGCCAAACCGCGCAAGAGCAGCACCAAGGGCAAGUCUAUCGUGCAGAAGAACCCUCUGCCUAAAGGACAGAGUUGCUCCGUCUGCCGCGCACGCAAGGUCCGCUGCGACGCAGGAAGACCAGCUUGUCGCGCAUGUCUACGCACCGCACGGUUCGAGGGAAAGGAUCUGAGUACCGUCGUGUGCCAGUACGACACGAAAGUUGGCGGUGGAGCGGAAGGGAAGAAGGGGAAGGGAAAGGCCGUCGCGAGUUCGCCUGGCAACUCGACCAUCUCGUCGUCGGGCACGGCGCGACCGGGUGAUGAUGGGUGGGGCAUGUCGGGAUUCCAGGCGUCGCUUGAUGCGGCAUUGGCGGCGGGAGGGUCGCUGACGGAACUGCCCGCAAAUGCCACUCUACCACCCAUGCCAUCCGCUACGACCCUAUCGACACCCUCUCAGAUGUAUGACCCAAGUCUAGGAGGCUCGCCCUACCUCCCAACCGCCCUCCCUCCUCUCGCCUACACGCCCACACCGCCUCUCUCCUAUUCCUCAGGCGAAGACGAAUCGAUCUUUGCCUACUCUCCUCCUGCGACGACCGCUCACGCAUCGGGUCUGACCGCUGCGACGUACGACCCCUGGACGGGCGGGGGACAACCUCCUCUUGCUUCAACGUCGCGCGUCCUUCCGCUUCCGCAGCAGCAUGCGCCGCUUCCGCCCGGGUACUAUUUUGUGCCGACGAAUGCGGCGUGGUAUGCGCAAGGUGCGGGAGGACAGGGCGGUCCUUCGCAGUCGUACUCGGGCAGCCCGCAAUCCACGCCCUAUGGCUACCCCUCGCAACAAUACGCCACUCAGUACCCCGCGGCACCGCAUUCAUACCCGACUCCGCAAUACCAGCCCUAUCCACCUUCUUCCUCCCAGCACUCCUCCGCCACUCCUCCCCAACCUCUCCCUCCUCCUCAAAAGCCCCGCAUGCCGGCGUACCAGCUCAAGAAGCCUCACCUCUCAUUCGAGCUCCCCCCGCCCAUCAUAACCUCCGCCCUCUCGCCCUCCCACCCACCCUCAGCAGGGUUCUCCCCAGCGAUCUCCUACGCCCGCGCCUCAAACGACCCGACUUUCUCACUCCCUUUCGCACACGCACCGCAAGGAGACGUCAACUCUCCGUUCGGAGCGGGAGGGGCGAACUUCCAUUCGGGCUUGACGCCUUCGACGCCGCAGGCUUCGUAUGCCGGGAUGUGGCCGACUCCGGGCGCAGGAGGAGCGGCGCAGGUGAACGGGAACGGACAGGCUUCGGGCGCAGGAGGGAAGGCUGGGACGCCUGGGCUGGCAAACGUCGAUGAGUGGUUGAGAGGAUUGCAGCAGUAG